AACAUGCGAAGUAAAGUAGGUCUCGAAGGAGCAAUUCGAUUCACAAAGUGGGCCGUUUUUCUCGCCUGCACUUGGCCACCAUCAAGAAAGGCAACAAAAUGCGAAUUCGUCAAGAGGGAUUUCAUCCUAUGUCUUUCCAUAUUGCAUAUAUUGUGUCUUUUUAUAUUACUGAUAAACUCAAUCGCUACAUACGUCACUGAUCCGGUCGUUCUCACUGAAAUAGCUACUUUAUGUUCGGUUUGUGUAGUUUAUAUUUGGAAAGCUAUUAUUUCGCGAUUGCAUCGAAAACAGUUUCAGAUUUUGAUCACCGAUAUGGAGGAAUUUUCAAGAAGUUGUUGCAAAGAAGAAAGACACAUUAUCCAGGGCUACAUCGAUAAUUGUUGGAUCUUUCACUUGAUGAUAUCGUGUUUAUUCUACUAUGCAGCUACUGCACUGAUUGUCAUUUUUUUUGUUAAUUCUGAACAAAAAAUGAUAGUCACAGUGGCUUAUCCCUUUUCGACGGAAUCCAAUGUACCUUACCACUUGGUUUUACUCCAUCAAACAAUCUUCGUGUAUCAAAUUUCGGCGACUUGUACAGUCGAUUGUCAAGUAGCGAUAAUUCUGUGGUUCGCUGGAGCCAGGCUCGAAAUACUUGCUGAAGAAACCAAAUGCUUUUCCAACAUUUCGCAAAUUGUGUUAUUCAUAAAAAAACAUAACCAGCUUCUAUCGUAUGCCAAUAGCAUCGCCAAAAUAAUGCCCUACGUUACAUUCGUUACCACAGGAACGUGUGGGGUUGCAGCGAUCGGGGUUUCCAUACAGAUUGUUGCUGACCCAUCCUUGUCGGUCAUAAUGCAUUUUGGACCAGCCCUCAUUGCUCUUCUAUUAAAUCUAACGAUCUCUAUUUGGCCGGCAGAAAAUAUGAUGAGAGUGUGUGAUUUAGUAGGAGAAGCUGCUUACAACGUACGAUGGCCUGAUAUGUCACCAAAAAUGAUGAAAUACGUUCUCAUAAUUCUGCAGAGAUCACAACGCCCGGUUCAAGUCUCAUUCGGUGGUUUUCUCCCCCCUUUAUCAUUUCGCUUUUAUUCCUCGUUUCUCACAACUAUAUUUUCGUACUUCACUACUCUUCGGCUCGCCAUGUCUGUCGGAAUAGAAUCAUCGCAUUGAAUCCAUCGAUAAGAAAGUACAUUUUUCCAGACCGACGGACCGACCCAAUGAUUCAACAAUUGUAUUAUUUUUUCAUAUUUUGAAAAGUUACCCGGAGAAAAGGGAUUAGUUUUGUGGAUUGAGAAAUAUAUUAUUUCUCAAAAGGGUUCAAAGUAUUUAGGCACCGAUUACAAACAGCAAGCAUUUUUUCGAACUUUACACUUUUUCGACACUUGAAUUCUAGACAGUGUUUUAUGCGAAGAACAAAAAGUGAUGCACGUGAAAACUAUAUUUCAUUUUGUUUUCGAGUGUUAUUCAUCAUGUCAGACUAGAACUUAGUGAUGGACGGAAAUGUAUAGUAAAUCAGAAAUUUUAAUUGUCAGCAUAGUAGGGUAAUAUGAAGCAAAACGGACUUUUUUUCGAUUCCAAAUCAUACCCUGACCAUAAGUCAUGGUAAAUUGUUGAAUUCCACGGUGACAUCCCUAAAAAAUUCAAAUUUCAGAGCAAAAUAGAUCCCAAACUACUUACCAUUCGUUUUUUAUCCUUACUUAUCCAUUCGUUUUUUUUUGACUUAUUUUUAAAAAUCACAAUAGUAAUCAAAGUACGAAUAAGGAAAAAAGGUUUUUUAUUCAUUUUUUACAAAAAUCGCACUAAUAGCUGACAUCUUCGUUUUCAACACCUGAACACAAGGUGUGUGCCCAUUUUUUGCACGUCACACAACAAAUCCAAUCUUCGGAGGACGACGACUAUAACCCUUGGCAAAAAAUGCAAGAAACGUCUUCAGGAGACGAGGAUUUGGCUGUCUUGGUGACCUUUUUUUACUGUCUGCUAAACUGCUACAUUUCGAAAAAUGUCGAUAUGUCGAUUUGUAUGCCUCUUAGAGGCGGAAAAUUUUUUUGAAGAAAUUCCGAAAACUAGGACCAUGAAUCAAUGGUGGGACUCCGAUAUAGUGCGAACACGAAACAUACCCCAGCACGAUGGACCCAGAGUUGAUUUUUUGCAUGGCCCAAAAAGAUGAACCAAAUGCGAUUUCAAGAUUUGGCUCAUUUAUCUUUCUUACAUGCCAAGGUAUGUUGCUUUCUUUAUAUUGCUGAGUUGACAUUCUAUUCGGAAGCAGUCGCUUGGAACGGCUGUAUUUCGAAAAAUGUCGAUUUUUCGAUUUUUAUGCGUCUGAAAAUACUUGCUUAAGGUUGUUGUGGGGUCUAGCCGCCGGGGGUGAAGUGAGAGGGGGGUGCUUAUACAUGGGGCCGACUGAUCGUUACCAACUAUCACUAUGAAACAAUCGUCAUAAUUAAUAUAUGGUUUUGGACAGUUUUUUCACGUCUAAUCAUAAAAAAA